AUUAUCUGAUCUAGGCAAUCGGAAACUCUAUCAGUUGUUAUCUAAUAAACAGAUUAGUUAAAGAUGCUAAUAAAAACAAACGAAUUUGCACAUUUUCUACAGUAAGGAGACAGUUCAUCAAGCAACAUGUUGAAGUUCAUCAUUUUUGUAGCUGCAGUGGCAGUAUGCUAUGGACAAACGGUAGACGUAAGAUAUACUCUUCACAACAAAAAUGGUAUCGUUUCCAUGCCUGGAUCCGGCGCAAUACCAAAUCAAUUUGAGGAAGAUGCUCAAUCCACAAUAUUCUUAAUACACGGUUACCCUGGUAACACGGUUACAAAUUUCUUUCAAUUAGUCCGAAACGCUAUUCUUGAGCAUUCAAACCAAAACGUUAACGUCAUUGAGGUUGACUGGACCCGUGCGGCUGGUGAUAGUUAUACACAAGCGAGUAAUAAUAUGCAAAGUGUUGCUAACAACUUGGGCGUCUUUAUGCAACAACUUUAUACAGAAAUAACAAAUCCAACAAGAACAACAACAACAACAAAAACAUCAACAUCAACAACAGAAACAUCAACAACAGAAACAUCAACAACAGAAACAGGAACACAACCUGUGAAAUCUGGCCUAACGUUUCAUUUGGUUGGGUUUGACCUUGGAGCACAUGUUGCUGGUAUAGUUGGAAGAAAACUUAACAGAGGCGUUGUAAGAGUUGCUAGAAUCACCGGUUUGAACCCUGGACGUCUUCGGAGUCAACUAUCCAUGCAGCGCUUGACUGCAAAUUCUGCCUCAUACGUUGAAGUGAUUCAUACGGAUACUUUAGGAGUCCUUGCCAAUGGUAUCGGCGAUCGUAUGGGCGACGUAGACUUCUACGCCAAUGGGGGAAAUAAUCAGCCAGGCUGCUACUCACACUCAUGUUGCCAUGAUCGUGCUUUCGAGUUGUUUGCAGCAUCAAUGAUUAACCCGCUUCUAUCAGGACGUGGAUGUAAUUCCAUGUCACAGAUGAACCUUAAUUUAUGUCGGGGAUCUUCCCUUAGAUUAGGUGGCAUUGAAUUAUCAAAGGACGGUAACGGCAUCUACAGGAUCAACACAUCAAGAAGAUUUCCGUUCUACUAAAACUUAAUAUUAAAAACAAUAAAAUAUGUGUUUAAUAAACGAUUACUUCUGCAUGCUUAAA